AUGUCUCCGUCAGCUUUAGAAGAACAGUUCCCAAGGAACCAGCCGCCUCUGGCAGAGAGGUUGGCUUCAGCUCGCCAGCUGGUCUCUAAGGCUAUCUCCCCCGUCCCUGCCCAUCCCGAACCACUUACUAGCUCCAAUUCUGACCAGAGCGAGCCCGGCAACCUGCUCCAAGAUGUCAAGAAGCUAGGCUUUGAGGACUUCGACACGCUCAUCAACUUUUUCACAUCAGCCGUCGAAGGCCAAAUCAACGAUAACGAGUUGCUAUUGGAGAAUCUUAUCCAGCUUUUCGCCAAACUGCCGCAGAACAGCGUCAAGGGCAAAAGGCUAGCGAACGGCUUGAUUCACCAACUUUGGAACGGUAUCGACCACCCGCCCAUGACCACCCUCGGCGAGAACCACAAGUACCGCUCAGCCGAUGGCUCGGGCAACGCAAUCCACAGCCCCAUGAUGGGAGCUGCAAACACAGCAUACGCCCGCUCGGCACCGGCCAAGAGCUAUCAAACGCCCAACCAGCCUGAGCCCGAAAUGAUUUUCGAUAUGCUGUUUGCGCGCGGCGACGAGUUCAAGCCUCACCCGAACAAGAUCUCCAGCUUCAUGUUCUAUCUUGCCACAAUUAUCACACAUGACAUCUUCCAGACCGAUGGCCUCAGCGGUGUCAACAAGACCUCCUCAUAUCUGGAUCUUGCACCUCUGUACGGCCGUAAUCAAGAAGAGCAAGACGCCAUGAGGACCGGAAACAACGGUCUUCUCAAGCCCGACACCUUCUCUUCCAAGAGGGUGUUGGGCUUCCCACCUGGUGUCGGUGUUUUGCUGAUCAUGUUCAACCGUUUUCACAACUACACUGCUACGAACUUGGCAAUGAUUAAUGAGAACAACCGUUUCACAAAACCGUCAGGUAGCGAGCCGGGUUCGGAUGCAUGGAAGAAGUACGACAACGACUUGUUCCAAACUGCCCGUCUGAUCACGACCGGUCUCUACGUCAGCAUCAUUCUUCGCGACUACGUCCGAACCAUCCUGGGCAUGAACAGAACCGACUCUAGCUGGGCUCUGGAUCCCCGCACAAACGAGGGCAAGAGCAUUCUCAGCCAGCAGACUCCGGAGGGCACCGGCAACCAGGUGUCUGUUGAGUUUAACCUCAUCUACAGGUGGCACAACACCAUCUCUCCCAAGGAUGAGCAGUGGACCAAGGACGUGAUGAAGAAGGUUCUCGGAAAGGACCCCACGGACAUGACUCUGAAGGAGUUCGGCCAUGCCAUGAGGGACUGGGAACAGGAGAUCCCCAAUGACCCCGCCAAGCGUGGCUUCAUGGAUCUGCCGCGCAACGCUGACGGUACGCUCCGUGAGGAAGACCUGGCCAAGAUUUUCAAGGAGUCAGUCGAGGACGUCGCCGGCUCGUACGGCGCAAACAGAAUUCCGGAGGUGAUGCGGCCCAUCGAACUGAUGGGUAUCGUGAGCGCUCGAAACUGGAACUGCGCCACGCUUAACGAGUUACGUGAACACUUCGGUCUCACUAGACACAAGACAUUCGAGGAUAUCAACCCCGAUGAGGAGGUCGUCGCAAAGCUCAGAUACCUUUACGGCACCCCCGAUGCCGUUGAGAUGUACCCUGGCCUGAUGGCCGAGAAGGCCAAGCCUCCCAUGGCUCCAGGUAGCGGUCUCUGUGGUAACUUCACCAUGACCAGAGCCAUUCUGUCCGACGCGGUUGCUUUGGUUCGCGGCGACCGCUUCUUCACCAUUGACUAUACCCCGAAGAACUACACCAACUGGGGAUUCGACCAAGCCAGCUACGAUCUCAACGUGGACCAGAGUCACGUCCUGUACAAGCUUGUUUUCCGUGCUUUCCCCAACUCCUUCCAGCACAACAGCAUCUACGCCCAUUUCCCCUUCGUCAUCCCCUCUGAGAACAAGAAGAUUCUUGAAAGCAUCGACCGAGCCUACCUUUACACCUGGGAUGAGCCCAAGGCCAUGACGCCUACUAUUCCCAUUCUCUCCCACAAGGCUGUCAGCGAUGUACUCUACAACCAGCAGGACUUCAAGGUCGUCACUGGAAAGGCCAUCCGCCACCUGGUCGCACAACCCGGCAACGGCAAGGACUACGGCAAGGACUUCUGCUUGUCGGGAGAUGCCAAGGUAAACGCCAUGAACCGCACCCUCGUGCGCAAGUCUCUCGUCUCAGGCCCGUGGGAGAAGGAGAUCUGGAAGUGGUUCAGCCACCAGACGCCAAAGAUGAUCGAGAUGAGCAGCUUCCCCAUCCCCGGCAACAAGAGGGAAGUCGACAUUGUUCGCGACGUUAUCAACCCGACAAACACCCGCUUCAACGCCGCUCUGUUCUGCCUGCCUAUCAAGAACGAGGAGUCACCUUGGGGUGUCUACACGGACCAGGAGCUGUAUAUGGUCCUCGGCGCCCUCUUCCAGUCGGUCUUCAUGGAUGCCGACAUUGGCAGCAGCCACAAGCUUCGCACCAUCGCUCGCGAGCUUGCCCAGGAUCUGGGUAAAGUCAUGGUGCUUGUUGCGCAGACGAUCAAGAAGGCUGGCUUGAUUACGGACAUUGUCGCCAAGAUCCGCGAGGGAGAGGCUUCAUUGCCCACUUUUGGCAACCAUCUGAUUGAGCGCAUGCUGCAGGACGCGACCGACAUUGAGAGCGUCGUGUGGGGAACCAUUAUGCCCACGAUUGCUGCAAACGUCACGAACCAGUCUCAGGUGACUUCACUUUGCAUCGAUUACUAUCUUACGGAGGCCGGCAAGAAGCACUUGCCGGAGCUGUACCGCCUUGCCCACGAGAACACGGAGGAGGCGGACCAGACGUUGAUGAAGUACAUGCUCGAGGGAUGUCGUCUAUACGGAACCGUCGCCGUCUACAGAGAAGCGGCCUCCGACCAAAUCAUCACCGACUACUCUCCCUGCCUGGUCAACCCAGCCGACCCCUUGGGCCGCAGUCCCGUUACUAACCCCGAUAUCGAGGGUACCAAGCGGGAGGUCAAGAUCCCCAAGGGCCACAAGAUCAUGUGCAACUUCGCCACGGCCAGCCGCGACCCCGCCAUCUUCGAGGACCCCAACGAGGUGCGUCUCGACCGCCCGCUGGACUCCUACGUCCACUUCGGCCUCGGCCCGCACUGGUGUGCGGGCAAGGAGAUGUCUAGGGUCGGGCAGACAAGUCUGUUCAAGCAGAUUGUCGGUCUCAAGAACCUACGCCGCUCUCCAGGUGGCAGGGGUGAGCUCAAGAACUUCCCCGCCGGUGCCUGGAACGGACAAGUUGGCCUGCCUGUUGAGGGACAGAAUGGAAACGCAUACCACCAGCAGCCCUGGAUUGGUCUGAGGGCGCUCAUGACUGCUGAUCAGAGCUCGUUGUGGCCUGUCCCGACGACAAUGCGUGUGCAAUGGGACGCCUAA